CUUUUGUUGUCCAUGCUCCAGUGACAUUGAAACGACCUUUAUUUAUCGUAUAGUACACGUAAAUAAUUUUCCGUAGUAAAAAUAGUUGAAAUAUGGUAUAGUUUUUUUAUCACUGAAUUGCGUUAUGACAUGACUUAAAAGAAUUCAUCACUGUAAAUAAUAAAAUGUAGCUGUCUUCAAAUAUCAAUAACCUAGUGAAAAGAUAGUUAAUCUAAUAAUUAUGUAGGUAGAUAAUCCUUAUCACUGAUUUUGCCAUGACUGUAGACAUUUAAUUUAGUCGUAAUCAUGCCUAUUUGGUGCUGUGCUGCUUCAGCACCUACAGAAACCCAUGUUGUUAGUGAGGUAGUGGUUAUCAUGGCUGAACCUAUCAGAGUUGUUGUAACUGGUGCUGCCGGACAAAUUGCAUACUCACUUCUUUAUCAAAUUGCGUCUGGAGCAGUUUUUGGACCUCAGCAACCUGUCUUCCUCCACCUUCUUGAUAUUGCGCCUAUGAUGGGUGUACUUGAAGGUGUUGUCAUGGAGUUGGCUGACUGUGCUCUGCCACUUUUGGCUGGGGUUCUUCCUACAGCAAAUCCUGAAGAAGCUUUCAAAGAUGUUGCUGCUGCUUUCCUAGUUGGUGCUAUGCCCAGAAAGGAAGGUAUGGAGAGGAAGGAUCUUCUUGCUGCUAAUGUGCGCAUCUUCAAAGAGCAGGGCCAGGCUUUGGACAAAGUGGCUCGUAAAGAUGUGAAGGUCCUUGUUGUUGGCAACCCAGCCAAUACAAAUGCUCUAAUAUGUUCUAAGUAUGCUCCAUCUAUUCCAAAAGAAAAUUUCACUGCCAUGACUCGUCUCGAUCAAAACAGGGCUCAGUCCCAACUUGCUGCUAAAAUUGGAGUACCGGUUAAAGAUGUUAAGAGAGUAAUCAUCUGGGGAAACCAUUCAUCAACCCAGUUCCCUGAUGCUUCGAAUGCUGUAGCUAUUGUUGGAGGUGCUCAAAAAUCUGUUUCUGAAAUUAUCAAUGACGAUGCAUAUUUGAAAGGCGCAUUUGUAACAACGGUUCAAAAACGUGGUGCUGCCGUUAUUGCUGCCAGGAAAAUGUCAUCUGCUCUUUCUGCUGCUAAAGCUGCAUCAGACCACAUGAGAGAUUGGUUCCUUGGCACUGAAGACAGAUGGGUUAGCAUGGGAGUUGUUUCAGAUGGAUCUUAUGGUACUCCGCGUGAUGUUGUAUAUUCAUUCCCUGUUACUGUUACCAAUGGAAAGUGGAAAAUUGUUGAGGGUCUCACUAUCUCUGAUUUUGCCCGUCAAAUGCUCGAUGCUACUGGCAAAGAGUUGGUUGAAGAAAAACAGGAGGCUUUAGAUGUCUGCAAAGAUUGACUGAGUAAUCUUUAAGGAUAAUAAUUAGUAUAAAAUACCACUUACAUUAAGUAGGCACAAUGCUUAUGUAAAUUGGUAACAACAAUUUGUUGAUAUUGUUUUUUUUUGGUAUUAACCUAAUCAUGGCAGGUUAAAAAGCAUUAUUGUUAAAGCUUUUAUCAAUGUUUUUAUUUUUGUAUUAGAGUUGUAGAUGUUUUUAAAACAUUAAGAUUCAAUGGUUAAAUAUUUCAUGUCAUUUUGUUCAUUGAGUUUAUCAUAUCACAUAUUAUAAUCUGAUAAAAUGUUAUUUUAUGAAA